GGCGGGCCAUGCCCUCGUCGCCCCACGCCGCCCUCCUUCGGGACCUGGUCCUGGGCGUACUGGGCACUGCCGUCUUCCUGCUCGACCUGGGCGCGGAUCUGUGGGCCUUCGUCCAGUACGUGCUCAGCGGCUGCUACCUGUGGGCAGCGCUGGUGCUGGCGCUGCUGCUCCUCGCCUCGGUCGCGCUGCAGUUCUUCAGCUGGGUCUGGCUGCGCGCCGACCCCGCCGACCUGCACAAGUCGCAGCCCUCCGGCCGCUGUCUGGCGCUGCUACAUCUCCUGCAGCUGGGCUACCUGUACAGGUGUGUGAAGGGGCUGCAGCAGGGGCUGUUGGCGUGGCGGCAGGAGGCACCCUCAGAGUUUGAACUGGCCUACGCCGACUUCUUCUCCCUGGACAUCACCAUGCUGCGGCUCUUUGAGACCUUCUUGGAGACAACGCCUCAGCUGACGCUGGUUCUGGCCAUUGUACUGCAGAGCGGGCAGGCUGAGCACUACCAGUGGGUUGGCAUCUGCACAUCCUUCCUGGGUAUCUCGUGGGCGCUGCUUGACUACCACCGGGCCUUGCGCACCUGCCUGCCCUCUAAGCCGCUCCUGGGGCUCCGCUCCUCCGUGAUCUACUUCUUGUGGAACCUGCUGCUGCUGUGGCCCCGAGUCCUAGUCGUGGCCCUGUUCUCAGCCCUCUUCCCCCACUAUGUGGCCCUGCACUUCCUGGGCCUGUGGCUGGUUCUGCUGCUCUGGGUCUGGCUACAGGGCACAGACUUUAUGCCAGGCCACUGCUCUGAGUGGCUAUACCGCGCAACAGUGGCCACCAUCCUCUAUUUCUCCUGGUUCAACGUGGCUGAGGGCCGCACGCGAGGCCGGGCCACCAUUCACCUGGUGUUCCUCCUGAGUGACAGUUGUCUCCUUGUGGCUACCUGGGUGACUCAUAGGAGCUCGCUGCCCAGUGGGAUCCUGAUACAGAUGUUGCUGUCUGCGGGUGCCUCCAGCUUCCUUUUGGGUCUGGUUCUGCGGCUUGUCUACUACCGCUGGCUGCAUCCUAGCUGCCGUUGGGAACCUGACCAGGUGGAUGGGUCCCGGGACCUCCUUUCCCUCGAGUGGUGUCUGCCACCUCAGAACAGGCGCAUGACCCAGUUGGCUCGGAACUUUUUCCCGAAGGCUAAGGAUGACACUGUUUCCUCAGGGAAGGGAGAGAUGAAUGGGGUCCUUUGAGCAAUGUUUGACUCUGCUAGGGGACCGAUAAACAGUGAACUAACUGGUAGAAAGCAGAAGAUAAGCUGUUUAUGGUGCUAUGGGCCUUGAUCCUCUCAACAAGAGCUUGAUGCCUGAUCUGUGCCAGCCACUGGAGACCGGAGUUGAGUAAGACAUAGGCCGGCCUUCCAGGGGUUCACAAUGUGAACAAGAUGAGAAGGGCUGGAUCCUGGAAGGUCAGUGGGCCCCAGUUAUGUACAAGACACUUUGGGAGGAAAGAGGAGACUUCUUUUUUUCUCCCCCACCAAGCAGUAUAACAGCUGGCCCCAAAGCUUCCUAUCCUUGGUAUUUAUACCUCCCUUUUAGCCACCUCUAAAAUAGUUGGUAGAGGAGCUGUUCUACCCUUUGGUUCCCCUCUCCUGGACUAGAAGACCCCAGGACCUCCAGGAUAUCCUUUCUAGAAUUCUUCCUCCUCUGUCGCCACCCCAUUCAGUCAGUUCAUUUAACAGAUGUUAAUUGAGAGCCUCUUCUGUGCCAGGAAUACCAUCCUAGCUUUGGAACCUGGAACAAGGUCAGCUGCCACCCUAGCUUCAUCCCCUACCCUCUCCAUUCCUGGGUAGGAAUAUCAAAUGCUAGAGGACUGAGCCAGGGAUGCUAACUCUGGCUGGUCGCUGGUCCCUGUCAGCACCCAAGGGCCAUAGUACAGAUGAUGCAGCCUCUGCUCCUGCUCGCAAGGGACCGCCUUUCAACCAAGUGCCUUAUGAACCUAUGGUCUGGGCCAUGGUUCAGCCCCACAAGUGUUGUUUUAUUCUUUAGCCAGCGCACCUCCUACCUCAGAGUCCACUUGUGAGGAAAAGAAUGUGCAUGUACGUCUCUGCAGGUGAGAGACAUGUAUGUAUCAUUUUUGUUUAGCAGUAUUAUUAUAUUAUUAUUAAAACCUUAUGAAAUCUUCCAA